AUGGUCGCCAUCACCAGCGGUCUCAAGACCGCUUUCCCCCAGGACCAGAACCUUCACACCUUCCUCUUCAGCAAUCCUCUCCAGCACCACCCCAACCACUUUGCCGAUCGAUACCCGGACCACACCUUCGACGCUACCCCUAUCCCGGAACAGCGACCCAUCCUGGUACAUGAUGGAACAGGCGCACAGCUCAGCUGGGCACGGCUGAGGGCCGACAGCUUGCGACUCGCCCGCUCCCUCCAGAUCUUGACGGGUGCACCAGCGGCAUUUGUCUCGGAUCCAAAGCGACCGCGUGAACCGAUCCACGCUCCUCGCACCACCGUCUUACUCCACAUCCCGAACGGUAUGGUCUGGCCUCUGGUCGCACUCGGUACCGUCGCAGCCAACCUCACCGUCUGCCCCAUCUCAACCUAUCUCAGUCCUCGCGAGCUGGCCUACAUCCUUGCUAAGGCGCGUCCCCAAGUUCUCUUCACCACCGUCGGCGCAGAAGGUGAGCUUCCUCUUCGCAAAGCGCUCCAGCUGCUGCUCGACUCGCCUCCCACCGACAACGGCCAGGUCAAGGCAGCAGAGAUCCAGGCAUGGGCGCGUCAACUUGCCAGAGACUGGGACGAAUCCAAGGCAGCCAGGCUCGAGAAGAGCAACCAGGUUCCGUUCCUUCGACGCCGCGUGUGGACCGUCGACGUCUCGUCAGGCAUGGACUAUUACGGAAACAACGUGAACCGACACGGCGUUGCAUCGGCAUACGAUCCUCGCGACUGGACGCAUCUCUUGCUGCCGCCCCCAGGGACGAAGGGCGAAGGCAGCAUCGCCAGUCUCGAUCGUCCUGCGUUUACACCUGCGCCCAUGACACCCGAGGAGCAGCAGAGGAGGAUCGCCUUCGUUCUGUGGUCCAGCGGCACGACCGGUCAGAGCAAAGGCGUGCUCAUCAGCCACCGUGCUCUCGUCAGCAACACGUUGGGCGUGUGGGACACCAACCCGCACUUUAGCGGCACGUCGAGGGGCGCCAACGGAGGCGGUGAACGUUGGAUCACGCUGGCUCCGUGGUACCACGUGUAUGGUCUCGCAACCGUCUUGCUCCCCACCGUCGCUUUUGGCACGACGCUUAUCAUUCCUGCAUCGCCCAAGUUCGACCUGGGCUACUACCUCGGUCUCGUCACUCGCUACCGGGCCACCUUCAGCCACAUCGCUCCAGCUGUAGCCGUAGCGCUGCGCUCCUGCCCUCACCUCGACCCGGCUGCACCGCAGAGCAAAGGCAUCGAUCUAUCGAGCAUCGCCGCGUUCCUUACCGGUGGUGCUCCGGUCCCAGUCGAGGUGGUGCGCAAGGUGUACGAACGCACGGGCAAGUACAUCCAACUCGGCUACGGCACCACAGAGACGUGCUCCACCUCGCAGACAGGCGGCCUCGGAUUGGACGCCGACGGCAAGGUCGUGCGAGACGAGCUGGGCAGUGCCGGCUUUCCUUGUCCCAACACCGAUAUUCAGAUCCGACCGCUUCCCGGAACGAGCCAGCAGCAAUCCGAGCACCGUCAAGAAGAGAUCCGUGCCGUCUCGCGUCAGGCCCGGGCGCGCGGUGAGCGGGCACCUCUUAAUCCCGGCGUGGUGGGAGAGGUGCUCAUCCGUGCACCGGCCGUCAUGUCGGGCUACUUCUCGGGCUUGUCCUCUGAAACCCACUCUGCUCUCGAUGUCGAGCUGACCGCGGGUGCUUUCACCGACGAUGGCUGGUACCGCUCCGGCGAUGAGGGGUGUCUCGACGCCAACGGUCGGCUGUGGAUCACCGGUCGCACCAAGGAGCUCAUCAAAGUCAAAGGUUUCCAAGUACCUCCUGCGGAACUGGACGACCUGUUUGCGACCCAUCCGGAGCUCGUUGACGCCGCGGCGACGGGCUUCAUCGAAGACGCCUCCACAGGUGAGGAGCAGGUGCUCCUGCUCGUGGUGCCCAAGGACAAGUCGGCCCUCUCUCAAGAGGCCAAGAUGCACGAGCUGGCUCACCGACUUCAUACAUGGGUUGGAGAUAAGACAGCCUACUACAAGUGGCCAAGCUGGUAUCUGUUCGCGGAGAGCGCGCCGAGGAACCCGACGGGCAAGCUGCUGCGCAAGGACAUUGCUGCAUCCAAAGGACACAGGGUGCAGAUCGUGAGGCAGUCGAGGAAGGUCAUUGCUCCUGGGGCGGUGGCGAAGUUGUAG